CACCUCUUCUCCCUCCGUGCUCUCGGAAAAGGUUGUUUAGGACGUAUCUUGUGGUGCUGCGGGGCUGACUUGGGGGCCGGAAACACAGCUCACCGCACACACACGUCGCGCGUGAGGAUGUUCAGGAUGCGGGUGGCGACGUUGUGUGUCAUUGGCGUGCUCGCCGCGAGACCAGGUAGAUCCGCGGUUGCCACGGUUUGGACGUCGACCAAAAUAAUGCAGGGAGAGGGACAGCAGCAGCAGCCGGAGAGCAGUAAGCCUACCCUGGAUGUCGAAGCGCGAGGGACGCAGACGAAGCCGGCAACAACGGUAGAAGAGGCACACGGGGUGAGAGCAAGCGGAGGAGACGGUGCUCGACAUUCCGGAGAAGAAGCUGCUGCGAGUUAUGGUGCCCCUGCUUCUGUUAUCAGUGGGGGGGGCGACGCAAGCGAAGGUCUGAGCUUCGUCUCCUCGAACGAGUACUUGCCGACGACGGGGUCCCCGUGGACUCACCUCGCGGAGCCGUUCCGAGACACGACGUUCACGGCCUACUCUACCCUUGGGCGCCCUGACGCGGACGUAUUCCGGUGGUCGUUUGAGGACGGGACUGUACUGGAAGGAAGAGAGGUGAAGCACAACUUCAAGACGCUCGGACGACAACGGGUGUCCCUCUCGCAGAUCGUUGUGUCCACGGGCAACACCCACCAGACCGUAGACUCCGUCAUGGUUAAGUACGUGCGUCGAGAGAUCCGGUCGUUGACUGACAGUGACAGGGAGGCGUUUUUCGACGCCAUGGAGACGCUCUACCGCCUCCCCACCGUGGAAGGCCACGAGCUCUACGGCGAGGAGUACAAGGGCAUCAACUUUUUCGUGCAGAUGCACCUGAAUGGGGCCGGUGUGUCGGACUGUGAUCACUGGCACGACGAUGCCGGCAUCAUGACGCACCACGUGGGGUACACAUUGCUGUUCGAGCAGGCCCUCCAGGUGGUGAACCCCUCCGUCACCAUUCCCUACUGGGAGUACACCAUCGAAGCCGCCGCAGGGCUUGAAGACUACGAUUCCUCGGAGAUUUUCGCCAGCGACUGGUUCGGCGAAGCAUCUCCAGACAACGAGUUGCACACGGUGGACAAGGGGCGGUGGGCCUUCCUUCCCGUGAUGGAGGCGAGUGCCGACGCGUGGCACUAUGUCCACAACCCUUACGGCCUUCUUCGCUCUCCGUGGAACACCGAUCCGACGCCGUACGUCACCCGCCACAACGUGACCAAUAACAAGGACGUGCAGGGUAUCGUGACCUGCUACGACUACCAGAGCUGCUUCGACAAGGAUAACCUCGCCGACAUGAACAACUGCCUGAACGGGGGCACCCACGGACCGGUGCACAUCAAAGUGGGGGGGGAGUGGAACGAUCCCCAGGAGGGCAUCGUACAGGCUCUUGGGUACAGCAACAAGGUCCCUUUGAUGAGCAAGUACCUCUGGAGAAAGGGCUACCUACGGAUGCCGACUUCUUGCUCGGUCGAGAGCGAAGGCACUGGAGACGCCUCCACCUGCCGCUCCUCCUGCCCUGCUGAGCUGUAUGAGUCGAGGGGGAUGAAGCCCUACGACGUCCUGAUGGACGUUUACGCGCUCCACUGGAUCGCGGAAAGCGCGGGGGGGAUCGUGGUGUGGGACAACAACACGGAGCACUUCACGGUCGCGGGGCACGAACACGACGCAGAGUUCAUGGAGGGGCUGUGGACCAAGGUGCUCACCUCCCUCUGCGACCCCGGGCAUGUCGGCGAGCUGUACACGUCGUCGGCACCGUACGACCCCCUCUUCUGGGUCAUUCACCCUACCGCCGAGAGGUUCUUGGCGUGGAAAAGGAAGCUGGCCAGAGAGCGACCAGACGUGCACCCCUUCAGUGAAGACUGGGGCUACACCCACGGCAAUGUUGUCGGGGAGACGGGGAUGGUGUGCGACUGGUCGGGAGUACGGCAGGGCACCCUCGACAUGCCGACGUGCGUCAAAGGCAUCUGCGGGGGACACUCCGCGGGGGACGUGCUCCCUUUUGGAGUUAAGAUCGGCGGGGAAGUGCGCAAGAUGACCAACGCGGAGUGGCUCGACUUCAUAUACCCGGACAACGAGGAGCUGCCCUACAUGUACGACAGCUUCGGCUGGGACCACUGCGCAGCUAGCGGAUAUCUGAUAGGAGCUCCUGCACCUGAAGGCGAUGACUGACUUGCCGAUAAUACUUUUCUCAUGUUUUUUCUGCUGGUUGAAGAAGGGUUCUGGUGGAAGAAAGCGAACCGCCGGAGGUUAAGAAACGUCCCUUCAUUAUUUGGUCUUUUCCAUCAUUUUUAUGCUGUGUGUUUCGGGGUGGGGGAGCGUGCAGGGCUUUUCGGACGAGAGAGAUGCCGUUGCCGUUGCCACAGGUGCAUGGGGCUGAGGCCGUCUUGUGCCGGGAAGUAGGGACUCAAAGGAGGGUACCGGGUAGGUUUCGCGUGUUUUUUUUUUUUUCGAGUGUGUGUGUGUGUGUGAAAGGGUGUGUCUACGUGCUGGUGUCUCGCAUCGCACGAGUUUUGUCCUCGGCAUUAGCGUGGCAUCUGUUGCUUGGCGUGAAAUGUCCAUGUGUAUGGUGGUGUUGAUCGCGCAAGGCUAUGAAUGCUGCGUGGCCUUGGUGUGUAGCGUUUGCGGUUUAGAGUUACCACCGCUUGCCGUGCCACACGCGCGUAGCAUUGUGUACCAUAUGUGUCUUUUGCUUGUUGGUUUUUCGAGGCGUGUUUGCUCAUUCUUGGUAGGUAUUGUUCCGAUAUCUACGAAAGAGAUUUGCGUGUCGUGCGACCACCUAGAAUGCGCGCGAUGCAGCCUUGUUUCCGCGCCCAGCUCUGUGUCCGCCUCGCUACCCUGUUGAUUACUACUUCGAAGUAUUUGUUUUUCCUUUGAUUUGCGCUUGUCGUUGGUUGACCAAUUUCCCCUGUGCUUGACGAAGUACCAAGCGUUGCUGGAUGAGCUUCUCUCGAGCGGUAAUGGCCAGGGGUCGAUGGUAGUGUUGCCGUAAAAUUGGUUUUAAUUUCGGUGUAAUGUACCAUGAGAGACUUUCGGUCAUUUUUGAGCGCUUGCAAGCUGUGGAUUUUUCCGUUUUACAACACAUUUUUUGUGACGUUUACCUUGCCUGAGUUGUUUGUUUGGAGAGUUUUCUCGACAAGCACGCGUCGCCUUACGUUUGUCGCAAGCGUUCCUGGUACGUGCCUUUGAUCAAUACGGGUUGUUCCUUUAGACCCUUGACGUUUGGCUGUCGCUAUUGCAUGCACCCGAACUAAUAAUAACGAGGCGGUGCCGAAUUCGACCUCGACAAUGUUGGUCGUGUCUGUUGCUGUUGUUGCUGGGGUUGUUGGUUGGUUGUGUUCGCAUUGGAAACCGUACCGGCCUCGAUGCGUCAUGUUCCCCGCCCUGGUCUUCAGGGAAGAAAACACAACAUUCGGUGGCUGCUCACAGAUGAACGUGAACGAAAAGAGAUCGAUCCAGAGUUGGAAGUCUCACCACUCGCAGGAAACGAUGGAAUGAAGAGUUUGCCUGCCACACACUAUCCAAGGCAUCGAAGGAGUGAUGGACCGUGCAACAAGACAUGCAAGCUUCAAGUUCGAGGGUUCACCGCGUUGUGGCAAAUUGGUACGGACUGAGUACCAUUGGAAUGAAGAGUGGGGUGACGCCCGGUCGCACGCAGCGAAAAGCGAUCAUCCACCGCGAAUUUGUCCUGGGACGUUGCUCGCCACCAGUAGGGUUGGUCUCUUGUGAGGCAAAGAAGUACUGGUCUAUCGUGGAGCAUCCCUGGUGAAAGAGGGAUGUUGCUCGUUGCUCGGAGAUGAAUGUGUGCGUCCGGGUUGGCGUCUCUGUGGCAACCAGGAUACAGCUCUUUCGUCGACGGGAGAACACAACUCUAAAUCACUAAUCGUCUCAAGCGUGUCACCAUGAAUAGGGAGAUGGUUUGACGUUCUACCAU